CAGGUUGCAAGCAAGACUAUAUUUGUACAUUGUGACAGAGUAAAGAUUACUCGUAUGUGAACUUUAUCGUGAAAUGGUUAUGUUUCUGUCAAACAUUCAAGUGCCCUCUACGGUGUCCCCGUUUCAGUUGAAGUCGCGGUGUUCGCUUCUUAAGCUAGGUACUUACGAGCAGCUAACGUUAGAACGCUGGCCCGGUAUCAUAGCUAGUCUGUCAUCUGGCCUUAGUUUGCACGUUACACUGCAAAUCUCAGUCAAGUUAGAUAUGUUGGCCAGUGAAUCAGCCGCCCGGAAAUUACAUGACAUCCUUCGGGCUGGUGGUCUGAUCAGGCGCUGUCAGCUAGUAAUGUCUGAAGCAUCGUCUGGAAGGCUGCUCCUUGGCUUCCGCAAAUGGUACUACAACGCCGCUGGCUUCAACAAGCUCGGGCUCAUGCGAGACGACACGAUCUCGGAGGACGCAGACGUGCAUGAGGCGCUGCGCAGGCUCCCAGAGACUGUGUACAACGACAGGAUGUUCCGCAUCAAGAGGGCGCUGGACCUCAACAUGCGGCAGCAGAUCCUGCCCAAAAGCCAGUGGACCAAAUACGAGCAGGAUGUGAACUAUCUGGAGCCCUACCUGAAGGAGGUGAUCAGGGAGCGGAAGGAGAGGGAGGAGUGGCAGAAGAAGUGAGGUCCUCCAGUGAUAUUUCUCCCAUCUCCUGUCUCCUGUGAUAUUUAAAUGUGUGACCUGCUCCAGAAUCUGUAAUUAAUAAACUGUACAUUUAUCA